AUGGCGUCCGAUAAAGAAGAGGUGGAGGCACUCGUGCAUUCUGAUGAUCCAAGCCACCCAGCAAAUCACAUCUGCACCCUGUGCGCAAAAUUCUAUACCUUAGGCUGGGUAACAGGUACUGGUGGAGGAACGAGUAUUCGACAUGAAGAUAAAAUCUAUAUUGCGCCCAGCGGCGUACAGAAAGAGCUCAUGAAGCCUACCGAUAUGUUCGUGAUGGACUUCAACAGCAAGGAGUAUCUUCGAAGACCACAGGUCCUCAAGCCUUCGGCCUGCACUCCCUUGUUCCUCGCAGCUUUCGAACGUGGCGCCGGCUGCUGCAUCCAUACACACUCGCAAUGGGCCGUCCUCGUAACCCUUAUCGUCGAACGCGACUUUGGCAAAGACGCAUGCUUUGAGAUUGAAGAAAUCGAGCAGAUCAAGGGCAUACCAAAGGGUCGAGGAAAGCAGGGCAACUUGGGAUACUAUGACCGACUACGGAUACCGAUUAUUGAGAAUACUGCGCAUGAGGAGGAUCUGAGGGAGAGCUUGGAAGAGGCAAUGGAGAAGUAUCCAGAAUCGUAUGCGAUUUUGGUCAAGAGACAUGGGAUCUACGUUUGGGGUGACAACGUACACAAGGCGAAGACGCAGUGUGAGAGCAUUGAUUAUAUUCUGCAACUCGCGGUUGAGAUGAAGAAGCUUGGAUUACCGUGGACGAAGUGA